AGACCUUCAUUCUUAUCGCUCGCGACUUUCCCUCGUUGCCAACCUCUCCACCCCUCCGACGAUCUCUCCGCCGAGACCGUCAAUACAUCGACAUUUUACUCAAUUGCAACGCAAAAUAGACCCUCACAAAGUACGGGUCCACGUCGGGUAAUCAAAAUGGCCUCGUCUACCGCGCAAGACGCGCUAUUCAAGCCCUAUGAUCAAUUCAUCCUUUUCGGCGAUUCCAUCACGGAAAUGUCGAGUAUCCAAGACACUGGCUUCGGGUUACACGGCGCAUUGCAGGAUGCGUACCGUCGACGCCUCGAUAUCAUCAAUCGUGGAUUCGGUGGCUACACAACAGCCCACGCCAUCCAAGUCUUUCCUAAAUUUUUCCCCACGCCCGAGCAAGCGACCGUUCGAUUCUUGGCGUUAUUCUUCGGCGCCAACGAUGCCUGUCUUCCCGGCACCGCGCAACACGUCCCAUUGGACCAAUACAAGGAAAAUCUCAAAAGGCUCAUCCAGCACGAAGCAACAAUUGCCCAGAAACCCAGAAUCAUGAUCCUCACCCCUACCCCUAUCAACGAGUAUCAGUUGCAGGGCUUCGACGAAGGCAAAGGGAACGCCCAUCCGAGCCGGACUGCCAGUUAUACGAAAACGUAUGCAGAUGCGGUCCGCGAAGUCGGGGCUUCGACUGGAGUAGUGGUCGCGGAUGUUUGGACGGCGUUUGUUGCUGCUGCCGGAUGGAAGGAGGGUCAGCCCCUGCCUGGGUCGAGGGAUUUGCCUGAGAUUGACGCUUUUAAGGCGCUGUUUACGGAUGGACUGCAUUUGACUGCAGAUGGGUAUCGGCUGGUUUACGAUGUGAUCAUGAAGGCCAUUCAGGAGAACUGGCCGGACCAAGACCCUGAGAAACUUUCUUUCGUUCAUCCUAGCUGGAUGGAGGCCCCGAAAUGAUCGAUUCAGCCGGUGAAUGAGGUCAGCCAGUUGUCAGUAUUUCGAAGCAUGGCACAAGAGCAUCAACAUGAUCAGACUUUUCAUAGAAAUAUACAUUUGUGACGCCGAUGUCUGUUCCCCUGGUCCUUUAGACGACAUUGAAUAUGAUUUGACACACUCUUAC